GAAUGCGUUUACGCUGUCCCUUUGAAGGUGAAAAUAUGUAAUAUCAACUUUGUAUUUUGAACCAGUUCCUCCGGUCAUUGUAGGUCAGAGCGUAUCACGUUAUCAACACAAUUUACUUAGGCUCCGCUCUGCAAACUAUACAACAUAAUAAAUAAUGAAUUCUAUUAGAAGAGGAAUAGUUGGUCUAGUUGGAAGAACUCCAAUGAUAAGACUAAAUCGAAUGAGCGAGGAUACUGGUAAAAAACUAUCUCAAUAAUUACUCAAUUAAAAUAAUAAAUGGCACAUAACUGAAUUAUCCAGGUUGUGAAAUUCUUGCAAAAGGAGAGUUUGCAAGUGCUGGUGGAUCAGUUAAAGAUAGGGCAGCCUUAUAUUUAAUUAGAGACGCGGAGAAGAAGGGUUUAAAGCCGGGCGGUACUAUUGUUGAAGGAACAGCCGGUAAUACAGGAAUUGGUCUUGCUCAUUUAUGUUUGGCUAUGGGCUAUAAAUGCGUUAUUUUCAUGCCGAAUACGCAAUCCCAGGAAAAAAUGGAGUGCCUUACAACACUAGGAGCGGAAGUAAGAGCCGUUCCAGCAGUGCCAUUGACAGAUGAAAAUAAUUACAAUCAUCAGGCUAAACGAUAUGCUGACGGUAUCGAAAACGCAAUAUGGACAAACCAAUUUGACAAUACGGCAAAUACUUUAGCCCAUAUAGAAACGACUGGCCCCGAAAUAUGGGAAGAAACUGGAGGUAAGGUUGACGCGGUUGUCUUUGGAAGUGGAUCUGCCGGCACAAUUGCUGGAGCAGGAAUAUAUUUAAAAGAAAAAAAAAAGGACGUUCAAGUCGUUCUUGCCGAUCCAGAUGGUAGUAUGUUAUAUAACUAUUUCAAGCACGGAAAACUUGAGAGAACUGGUACCGGAUCAAUCACAGAAGGUAUUGGACAAGGCCGAUUGACAAACAACUUUAAACAAGCUCCAUUAGAUGACGCAAUGAACAUUCCUGAUACUGAUGCUGUUAAUAUGACUUUUAGGUUACUUCACGAAGAAGGAUUAUUCGUUGGUGCAUCGUCGGGUUUAAAUGUCGCCGCAGCUGUUCGAGUAGCCAAAAUGAUGGGUCCUGGACAUACAAUAGUUACUGCUUUAUGCGAUGGAGGACAGCGUUACUACAAUAAGUUGUUUAGCAGAGAAGAGCUCAAAACCAGAGGUUUAUUAGAUUGUAUACCAAAGGAAUACCAAGUAUCUCUGCACUAGUAUAUACAUCUAUCUAUUUUAUAUUAAAAUACAUUUAAAUGUAUACUUUAUAAUUGUACUUAGGGGAAAAACACCCUAACUGAGAAAAUGCUAGUAAUACUGAAAUACAGUAACACAGUAUUAAAUUUUUUAAUAAUUAGUGUUUUACAACCUAUUAGGAAUUCUAUCAAAUGACUUAAUCGUAGACGGGUGAAGGGGGCGGAAAAACACUAGGAGGGGGUAGGAGAGACUCUAUGGUCAAAUUUCAAUACUAUGUUUCCAUGUACAGAAGUAAUUAAUAUUCAUUAAAAGAAAAGAAAGAGGAAUAAUAAAUUCUUACAUUUAAAUGAGAAGAUUUUGUACACUUCUUAUUAAGGUCGUUAAGUAGUUUUUUAGCAAUAAAUUAUAAAGCUAUUCAAACAAAACUGACCUUAUGCACGUGUCCGUAAAAUUUCAUAUUCACCCAACUAAUACUUCGUUCCCAAUAAUAAUACAAAAAAAAAGAUGGGAAAGAAACAUUUAUCAAA